AUGGAAUACAUGCGCCAAAACGGGGCAUAUCUGUCGCACUUCCUGUCAUACGCUUGGAAGUUCGGCAAACAGAUUCAGCGCCGGCAGCUUGAUCUCCCGGAAUAUGCGGCUAGUUUCGUCAAUUAUAAGGCAUUGAAAAAGCUGAUCAAGCAACUGAGUGCCACACCGACAAUUCCAGCUCAAAGGACCCCCGAAGAAAUUGCCCAAGAUGGAACUUUGGAUCCGCAAGCCUCGCUGCGAGCGAACAAAGAGGUGUUCUUCUUCCGCUUGGAGCGGGAAAUUGAAAAAGUCAAUGCAUUCUACCUACAAAAAGAGUCCGAGUUUUCGCUGCGGCUUAAAACCCUAGUCGAUAAGAAGCGCGUGGUCCAGUCCCGGACCAGCACCAAUUCCAAGGCCCCAUCCAACUUUAUGGCACUAUUUGAGGGCUUCCAACAAUUCGAUGGCGACUUAAAUAAACUGCAGCAAUUUGUGGAGAUCAACGAGACCGCCGUGUCCAAAAUCUUGAAAAAGUGGGAUAAGACAUCUAAAUCCCGAAUGAAGGAGCUCUACUUGCAGCGCGCAGUCGAAGUACAACCCUGUUUCAACCGCGAGGUCCUUCGGGAUCUAUCGGACCGAGCAACUACAGCCCGGUUGGAGUUGGAGGCAUGGGCCGAGGGGGAGAACCUACAGUUUGAUACGUCACGGCCCUCGGACCGUGGCACAGCCCCUGGUUUUGGUACUGAGGAAGAAGAGCUGGACCUUCAAAUCCUACAAUCUGCCUCACAGGGGAAUCUACAGAACUUGCGGGAGUGGUUGAGCAAGCUAGAGUCACUCCCUGAUUCCCAAGAUCGAGCCACGCGGACGUUCCUGACGGCGAUCAACGGCUUCCCCGAUGAUGUGCUCGCUCUCCUUCUCGAGAGCAAAUUGGUGGACGUACAUGCCGAGGAUGAUAUCAACGAACGCAACUGCCUUCACGAAGCCGCCAUCUCUGGGCGAGACUUUGUCCUUAAGGCCGGAAUUGCCGCAUCGGUAGAUAUUGCUCGAUCAGAUGUCUAUGGACGAAUUCCUCUCCACUACGCCUGUAUGCACGGUCGUGUAGACAUGGUCCGCGAACUGCUGGCAGUAGGCCCGCACACAGUUGACAUGAUGGACCACGAUAAUUUCACCCCUCUCAUCCACAGCAUCGUGAAACGCCAGCUCGCGUGUGCGAAACAGGUCUUGAUUAGCAAUGCUCGCAUCGAUCCAGCAUCAGACUCGGACCACAUCCCCUUGAAUCUUGCCUGUCAGCACGGAUCGUUGCCUAUUGUGCAGAUGCUUCUGGAACGGAAGGCCCGUCUGCUGCCAGAUGCGGAGGGCCUCUACCCGCAACAUAUGGUAGCUCGGGCGUCACAAUCACCGGACCUGCUCCUUCUAUUGAAGCAGCACGGAGCCGAUAUGAAUCAAAGGGACAAAUUGUAUCAAUGGACACCGCUAUUCCACGCGGCAAGCGAGGGCUGUGUACCGUGUCUACGGACACUUCUCGACCUCGGUGUGGAGGCGCAGGUCGCAGAUGAGAAGGGCCUUUCCGCCAUGUAUUACGCUGCUUGGGAAGGGCAUCUUGAGUGCAUGCUACAUCUUUGGGCCCAACCCUUGAUUGAUCCCCCUACACAGCGACCUCUCGAUAUUUUGAACGGGUUUCAAUUCCGGGAAUCCAGCUACAUGGAUGAAGACAUUGGAAGACGGGGGAGCUCAGUUGAGAUGGAGAUUGCCGAUGGUAUCCCUGACCUUUCUCUGCCACCUCCUAUCAUUCCCCUACGACGCUACGGCCACAACUUCCUGGACAAAAAUGUCUUUGUGCAGCUUCUGUUUGAUCAAGGGAAUACCGGCUCCAUUAUCUUUGACCAGGCAGGUCGCCAUCCGGCCGCACGGCUCACUAUCUCGUCCAAGCUAUCCGACUUAAUUCCCCGUACCAUAAUGCUUCCAAUUCAAGAAGACUCUCGCACAAUAUCUUUCCACGUGGAUAACUUGGACACUUUCGCGGUGGACUUUGAGAUCUUCCCCACUUUUGGCUCCAAGGUGAUCGCAAAGAGUGUGGCCUUGCCGGUGACCUUCCGGGCCGAAAGAUCUAGCACAGGCUCCUGCUGCCUUCCCCUCUUUGACCCUCGCCUUCGGGCCAUUGGUCAACUACAGUUCAACUUCCAGGUCAUCAAGCCGUACCAUGGUGACCCUCUGGAAAUCACACACUUUGCGACUUACUGGAAGGCGACUGGUGCUAUCGACUCAGAGCACAACGGAUUGGUGACAGGCUCUAGCUUGUCAGGAGACUAUGUCCAACUAUUCGUGCAGCUGACACGAGAUCGCGUGCCGGUGCUUUAUCCCCAGUUUCUCAUCGACCACCAUGGAAUUGAAAUCCCAGUGUGUCAGUUGACAUAUGCGCAAUUCCAGGCCAUUGGUGUUGAACGAGGUGUCAACCGAUCUCACAUUAUCCAAUUCUUAGAAACCCAGGCACUGGGUGAUAUGCCACAAGCUCAUCGUCUUUUGGCGGAGUCGUUCAUGUCUCUACAAGACGUUCUGCAGGAAUUGCCAAUGGGGUUGAAUAUCAACCUUGCUGUUCUUUAUCCGUCUAGCGCCGAGGAAAGAUCUCUCGGGAUGACCUCUUUAGCUGAUGUCAACAGCUUCGCUGACGCCAUUUUGACUGUCGUCUUCCACCAUGCGCGUGUGUCUCGCGACAAGAACCCCGACUUUAUGCGUUCUGUGGUAUUCACUUCUUACAACCCCAAUAUCUGUACUGCUUUGAACUGGAAGCAACCUAAUUACCCCGUUCUUCUUUGCAACGACUUGGGCCAAAUUCGGGACUUGACUCUUAACAUGGACAUUCUUCCCGACGUCAACAGCAGCGGGCGCACCUCUAUGUCUAUCAAGGAAUCUGCACGCAUCGCUCAAAGUAACAACUUUAUGGGCCUGAUUUGCCGGUCAAGUCUUCUUAACGUUGUCCCUGCCCUUGUGGAGACAAUCAAAGAACUUGGCCUCGUUCUUGUUGCUGAUACUUGUGACGAGGCAGGUCAACCUGACCGCAGGGACUCUUUGGCAGCUGCCAACCCUGUAGGCGUGGCUGAAUGGGCUUAUCGCAUGCCCGAUGGGGUCAAUGGUGCGAUGAAAGCCAACGGUGUCCUCCGAUUCAACGAUAUGAUUGACAUGUGA